AUGCCCCCCCUGAUGGACACCCAUCAUGUGAACCUGAAUUUUUUCCCGCACGAUGAGGAAGAAGAAAAGGUAAACAUAGCAAGUAAUUUCAACCUGCACUGCUCAAGCGAGCUCCUUAAACAGUUAAAGCUAAACGAAAAUGACAACGUUGUUGUGUGCCGCACGAAGGGAGGAAGGAAGGCAUAUGUCUGCUGCUGCGUGAAGGGGUGUUCUGAGCUGAACUUGAAAAAACAGACAAAGUGGAAUGACGUCUUUGCGAAUACAUUUUUGUUGAGUAGUUUGAAAAUUGGCGUGUCGAGCGAAGGUGAGGAAGAGGAUGGUGACGAAAACGUACAUCCCAGUGGGGGGAACAAGAAGCAAGCUCAGAAGAAGCACCACAAUAUACGCGUUGAAAUGAGGAAAGCGGAGCUAUACACCCCCAUAAAACAAAUAAAACUUGGUGUGCAGGAAAUAACUAACGAAUCGUAUGAAAAUUUGAAGGACUAUUAUCAUGAUGACCAUAGUAAUUAUAUGAUGCAAACCUUUUGGAAUAAUCUGAAAAGUAAGAACAUGGAGAGGUACAUAAAUCUGUCCUUGUUAAAUACUUGCUUGUUUCCAGGAAACUGCCUCAAAAUUUGUGUGCUGGGUGUGCAUACGCGCUUGACCGUUACAGACUUGGUUGUCCAAAUGAAGGGAAAGCAACAGUGGGAUGUGGUUCCACUGGGGAAGGAUUUCCGCAUCCCCUAUGUGAGUCAGAAUAGCAAAAUUGUCGUGGAGAGGGCGGCCCCCCUUCGGUCGGAGAGUGCAAGCAGUGAUGAAAAAAAGGAUGCGUAUAGUGAUGACAACAGUGAUGACGGCGUAGGAGGUGCACCCCCCCCUGAUAGCGCCAAGAAGAUGAACAAGGGAAAAGAAAAAAAUUACCCAAAGAAUAUAGGAAGCAGAAAAAAGAAGGGACUAAAAAAAAUAGGGGGGUACAAAAAAAUUAAGGACGAAAUUUAUUACUACAUUUUAUUGCCACUGAUUUAUAAAAAUAUAUAUGAUGAAUUUCAUAUCGAUAUAAACAGAGGUAUUUUGCUACAUGGACCUCCAGGGUGUGGAAAGACCUUCAUCGCUUUGGCAAUCAAGGAGGAGUUACUACAAUUGAGGAGGAAAUUAUCACACAUGAAGUUGAAAAAGAAAAUGAACCACUUAAUUGGAUCAAAAGGGGAGGGUUUAGCAGAGCAAUGCAAAGAGACACAACCUGGCUGUCACAACGAAAGUGGGCAGCAAAUUGAUGACCAUCUGAAGGACGACAUUGUCCUACCCGAAAUGGAAAUUCUAAAAAGUACCGACCUAAUCGAUAACAACAACAGUGGGUCGAAAAUUAACGAACUUUUUCUAAGGUGCUACAAGAGGUACAAAGAAGAGAACAAAUGCUCUAUUGUGUUCAUUGACGAAAUUGAAGUUCUUUGUGAGAAGAGAGAAAAUGCAAACAUAAAUUUGUAUACUUCUACUUUGCUUAACAAUAUGGAUGGAAUAAAAAAGAACACACACACCAUUCUAAUAGGGGCAACAAACUACAUUAAUCAAAUGGACUUAGCUUUAAGGAGAAGUGGGAGGUUUGACAAAGACAUCGAGAUAAAUGUCCCCAACUUGAAGGACCGAAUUGCCAUUUUUAAGAAUAAGCUAAACAGAAUCCAUCACAAUGUAAGUACGAAGCAAAUCAAAGAAAUUGCAGAUAUGUGUCAAUCCUUCACUUGCUCGGAUAUCAACGCGUUGAUCAACGUAUCCAUGUAUAUUUAUUUGAGGGAGAAUCGGGUUGUGUCUCGCAAGGCGCUUAAGGGGACCUUGCGAGGUUCGCACAACGGGGAAGGGGUCGAGGAAGAGGGAAAAAAAGGGAAAAAAAAAGCGGAGGAAGAACCGGGACAACAUGACGUGGAAGUAAAGGCAACCCAGGGAGCAUUCCCAACUGGGGCAGUCCUGGGAUGCCGACCUGCACCCAAACCUGACGAACCUGCUCACCUCCUCAAAUACAAACAUCUCCUGAAGGGGCUAAAAUACGUGAAGCCCUCCGGCAUGAAAGAACUCUACGUAGAUAUCCCCAAGACAAGAAUCAAAGACAUAGGGGGCUACCAAUUUGUGAAAAGAUGCAUUAAGGAGUGUUUAAUAUAUCCGAAGAAGUACAAGCAUGUGUACGAAAAAUACAACAUACAGAGCCCCAAAGGAAUAUUGCUGUAUGGCCCCCCAGGGUGUUCCAAAACUCUGUUCGCAAAAGCCAUAGCUAGCGAAAUAAACAUGAAUUUCAUCAGUGUUAAGGGGCCAGAAAUUUUCUCUAAAUAUGUUGGAGAAUCUGAAAAGACAAUUAGAAAUAUAUUUAAGAAAGCUCGGGAGAACAAUCCCUGUGUAAUUUUUUUCGACGAAAUUGACUCCAUCGCGGUGAACAGAAAUUUGAACCAAAACUUUGUCACCAACAGGGUGCUAUGUCAGCUGCUAAACGAAAUAGACGGAAUUUACAACCGAGUUGAUGUAAUAAUUUUGGCAGCUACAAACAGACCCGAUCUUAUCGAUCCUGCUUUGCUAAGACCGGGGAGGUUUGAUCGAAUUAUUUAUGUCCCCCUCCCAAAUUAUAAGUCCAGAUUAUCUAUUCUUAGGAAGACUCUAAAGUUUUACAAAAUUAAUAAUAUGAUAAAUGGAUGGGGGGGGAAUGACCCCCCAAGUAAUUCCUCCGGUGGGAACAGUCACCCCUUGAAAAGGGACCUUCAAUCAGAAGGAAGUGCAAUAGAAUCGCAUCGGAAUAAUUCCCCCGACACCGCUACAAUGCGCACCGUGGAAAAACUACAAAUGAAGAACGAAAAGCAUUAUGUUGAUUGUAACGUAGAUUCGUGUCCCCCCACGAAAGCUGUGCUAGAGGAGGAAGAAAAAGCGCCAAAUCGGAUCAAUCCUUCGAUAUGUGAAAAAGGUGGGGGAAAUGCCAAAACGGUAAAUGAACAACAAUUUUCAGAGGGGGCAAACAAGAAUAGUCAUGUGAAGGGGGACCGCAAAAGGGAACCGCUCCCGCAUGAUAAUAAUAAUUUUACGGAGCUAUGCCAAUUUUUGGCCAAAAACACAAAAAAGUACAGCGGUGCCGAAAUUGUAAAUAUUUGCAGAGAAGCAUCCAUAUGUGCAUUACGAGAGACUCUGAAAAACUGCAGAAAUGAAAAACAAAUGCAGAGGGGAUCCUUCCCCGGAAGUUCUUUGGUUGGUCUCAGCAAAGAGCAUUUUGUGAAGGUCUUAAAAAAAAUUAAACCGCAAACAUCCGACAAGCUUAUAAAUUUCUAUAAAAAGUAUAAUGAACAAAAAAAAGGGUAA